AUGACAGAGAAAGAUUCAGGGAAGUUACCACCGUUUUCUGCAAAGACGUUCACACUUCAUUGGCACAACAACUCGCUUCCAGUGUAUAGUGUAGACUUCCAGCCAAAUAGGAACGGUAAGAUGUCGUCAAGAUUUGCUACAGGUGGAGGAGAUAACAACGUGAGGAUAUGGAGGCUUUGCUGUGAGCAGAAUGGCAGUGAGUCUGUGGAAUAUUUGAGUACACUCAGUGAACAUACUCAAGCGGUAAACUGUGUGAGAUUUAGUCCUACAGGAGAGUAUUUGGCUAGUGCGUCAGACGAUGGAACCGUGAAGAUCUGGAAAUUGUCUGACAAGAUCAUUCGAAAGUUCGGUAACGAUGAUUACGAUAUGAAGGAAAGCUGGUAUGUGAAGACAGUAUGCACAACCUCACCUCGAAUGGAGAUAUACGAUAUCUGCUGGUCUCCGGACUCCAGAUUCAUUUGUUGUGGCUCAAUGAAUCAGGUGGUUGUUAUCUUUGAUGCCACUAUCGGUUCAAUCAUGUGGAUAGCGAAUCAUUCUCACUAUGUUCAGGGAGUUUCAUGGGACCCAAGGAAUGAAUACAUCUGCUCGCAGUCUGCAGACAGAAGUGUUCAAGUGUACAAGGUUCCCGGGGACUUGGAUAAGUCGUCGCCUGACAUUACCAAUGGCGAAACAUCUGCCGCCAUUAAACCAGUAGAAAGGCUAAUUACGGUAUCCAGAAUCCGUAAGGCCGAAUUAGCGUCAGAAAGGAUCAUAUCUACUCAACAGAUCUCUGUUGAUUCACCCCCGGAUGCUUACAAACUCACUACCUUGUACCACAACGACACUUUGCAGUCGUUUUUCCGUCGACUCACAUUUUCCCCCGAUGGACUAUUACUCUUAUCAACUUCAGGAAUAUACAAGACAGCUUCAUCGCCGGAACUCAACACUGUCUACAUACAUACCAGAUCUGGCCUAGACCAACCUCCUGUCGCUCAUAUACCAGGUUUUAAGAAGCCUUCAAUAGCAAUCAAGUUUAGUCCUGUGAUAUACAACCUUUUACCGGGGGAGGAUAGCUGCUUUAAGCUACCCUACCGUAUGGUAUUUGCUGUUGCGACGCAAGAUUCCGUUGUUAUAUUUGACACGCAGAGACUCAAACCAUUAGGAAUAGCGGCAAAUAUCCAUUACGCUGCAAUUACCGAUAUCUCGUGGUGUUCCAACGGCCAAGUUUUGCUUACUUCAUCAACUGAUGGCUUUGUCUCCCGUAUUUCUCUAGACGAGAGCCUUCUAGGAAAGGAUAUCGAGACUUACGAUGCUACGAUGCUUAUCAAGAAGUUUCCGAUAAAGAAGAAUAUUACUACUCAGGAUCCUCUGGCAGAUACUACGAUAGGUACUCGGUUAGACACUCCUACAAAUACUCCGGUAACCACUACGAUAGUGGAUAUGCUAGCGGCAUCAUCGUCCGAUAAAAGAAUGCAAUCGUCAACGCUUAGUAUCAUUGCAACGGUGGUUGUUGCAUUUGUGAUUUUGAACUACUUUAUGAGCAUGGAUUCCAGGACUAGUUCUACCCACUCAAGCACAUCAAUCAGGAGAAGACGUCAUGAUGUCACUGCUCAAAUGAUUGAAACAGUUCAACAAAUAGCACCAAAUUUGACGAUGGCACAAAUUCGAUAUGAUUUAGAGAGGACUGGAGAUGUUAACGUGACCAUAGAUAGGUAUCUCAACCGGGGUACGCUACCAAAUCCUCCUGGAACUGUAUCUGAACUCCCUUCAGAGACAUCUUCAGAGGCACAGCCAGAAACGGCCUUCAACUCCCCAUCAGAUAAAAAAUCAGCGGCAUCAGAAUCGUCCGUUGAGGGUCCUUUCAACGGUCUCAGCUUCGAAGCUAAACGAAGCGAGCUUGCGAUGGAUGCAAGAGCUAAGCUUUCACGGAAAGCAGGACUCAGUUGGGACCAGUUAAAGGCCAAUUACGGAUAUGCAUGA